UGCUCAGUCAAGAGCGGAGUGUGUGAGUGCACACACAAAAGAGAGAGAACAGACGAUAGAAAGAGAGAGCGGUUCUAUUCUGGUGUAUUUGUCUCCUCCAGACACCCAGGACUCCUCUGUCUCUCUCUACCCCGGCAGGGUGCUUGCUGAUGGUGUAACACUAGAUCGGCUCAGCCUCCCUCCUUUGGGAACUCUGGAGCUCCCUCUCUCACCUUCUGUGUUUGCUCUCCACCGACUGGCUGACUUUCUUUAUUUGGAGAGUGCGAGAGUGUGUUUUACUCGGCAGGAUUAGGCAGUCUGUAUGCACUCUGGUACAAGCUGGUACGGUGGAGGGCGUUUCGUUCGUGAGUGUGUUGUUCGCCCUUUCGCUCUGCGAGCCACACUCGAGUCUCUCAUACACCCUUCGGCUCUAACGGAAACACGCACCUACUAUUCCCAAGGAUUUGGGAUAUGUGUAUAAAGGUUUAGCCUUCUCUGAAUUGUGGAUACAGAGAGGACUACACAUUACAACUUCACUGAGCAGGUUGAGAGAGGGAGGAUUUCCCUCUUGUAUUACCCUCUUUCCAGGCUGACCAGUGAGGUCUCCGAGUACUGAGGGGCUGCUUUUCCCAUUGACGCAAUUUCAGAUAGCGAACCUGAUGAGAGGAUGCAGCAGGAAGCAGAUGAGCGACUGAGCCCCACCUGAGCCCUGACUCCUGACCCAUCACCUCCCACUCCCGCCCCCACCCGGCCAUCCCAUCAUGCACCUGCCAUUUCGAGGUCGUCUGAAGCUGCUAGUGGCAUCUCUGACCGCCGUCAUCCUGCUCACCUGGCUCUACCUGCUGGCUGGGAACCUGGAGAAUGGGCGUUCUCUCCUCCUGUCCCCCUGUCUGUCAGAGACCCCCGAGGCACGGGUUCUAGAGCGGGCGGUUCUAGAGUCGCGGGUGCGCGAGAUGGAGGAGGAGAACAGGCAGAUCCGCUUGCAGCUCAACCAAUUGCAGGGCACGGCUGGCCAGCCCGCCGACGGUGGUAACUACGGCAAUGCGGCGUGGGGGGCAUCAGCUGACACUGGGCCCGAUGAUGUGGAGAACACGGCAGAGGAGAGAGCCAAUCACACCGAGUGUCCCCGUUCGCCCACCAUACUGAAGUGUGAGCUGAUCCAUGUAGCGUGCGUGUGUGCCGGUCACAACGCCAGCAGAGAUGUGGUCACCCUGGUCAAGUCCAUCCUGUUCCACAGGAGAAACCCUCUCCAUUUCCACUUCAUCACAGACGCAGUAGCCAAUCAGAUCCUGAGUUCUCUGUUCCAGUCCUGGAUGGUUCCGUCUGUACAAGUUAGCUUCUACGACGCAGACGAACUCAAGUCGGAGGUGUCAUGGAUACCUAACAAGCACUACUCAGGUAUCUACGGCCUGAUGAAGCUGACCCUAACCAAAGCGCUGCCCUCUGACCUCACAAAAGUCAUCGUCCUGGAUACGGACAUCACCUUCGCCACCGACAUCGCUGAGCUCUGGGCCAUCUUCAGGAAGUUCACUGACAAGCAGGUGAUAGGUCUGGUGGAGAACCAGAGUGACUGGUACCUGGGGAACCUGUGGAAGAACCACAAACCCUGGCCCGCCCUGGGACGAGGCUUCAACACUGGGGUCAUCCUGCUCUACCUGGAGAGGCUGCGACGGAUUGGCUGGGAGCAGAUGUGGAGGCUGACCGCCGAGAGAGAGCUGAUGAGCAUGCUCAGUACCUCGCUGGCGGACCAGGACAUCUUUAAUGCAUUCAUUAAGCAAAACCCAGUACUAGUGCAUCAGCUGCCCUGCUUCUGGAACGUUCAGCUGUCUGACCACACACGCUCUGAACAGUGCUACACAGAGGUGUCUGACCUCAAGGUGAUCCAUUGGAACUCUCCUAAGAAACUUCGUGUGAAGAACAAGCAUGUGGAGUUCUUCAGGAAUCUCUACCUUACUUUCCUCGAGUAUGAUGGGAACCUACUGAGACGAGAGCUUUUUGGCUGCCCCAGCCAGGCCACCUCAGAGAGCGUUCGGUUACAAGGAGCUCUGGAGGAGCUAGAUGAAGACGACCAAUGUUAUGACUUCCGGCGGGAGCGAAUCACAGUGCACCGCGUGCACCUCUACUUUCUGCAGUACGAGUACACGCCCGCCGGGGAUGACACAGACGUCACGCUGGUCGCACAGCUCUCCAUGGACAGGUUACAGAUGCUGGAGGCCAUAUGUAAGCACUGGGAAGGACCUAUCAGCCUGGCCCUGUACAUGUCAGACGCUGAGGCCCAACAGUUUCUGCGUUACGCCCAGGCCUCCGAGGUGCUGAAGAACCGUAAGAACGUGGGCUACCAUAUCGUUUACAAGGAGGGCCAGUUCUACCCCGUCAACCUGGUGAGAAAUGUGGCCCUGAGGAACGCCAACACACCCUAUGUGUUCCUGGCAGACGUUGACUUCCUGCCCAUGUACGGCCUCUAUGAUUACCUCAGAAAGUCAGUGGUCCAGUUAGACAUGGCCCACACUAAGAAAGCUCUGGUUGUGCCGGCCUUUGAGACGCUGCGCUAUCGCCUCUCCUUUCCCAAAUCCAAAGCUGAGCUGCUCUCCAUGCUGGACAUGGGGACCCUUUACACCUUCAGGUAUCAUGUCUGGACCAAGGGCCAUGCUCCUACCAACUAUGCCAAGUGGCGGACAGCCACCACGCCCUAUAAGGUGGAGUGGGAGGCGGACUUUGAGCCCUAUGUGGUGGUGAAGCGGGACUGUCCUGAGUACGACCAGCGCUUUGUUGGAUUUGGCUGGAACAAGGUCUCCCAUAUCAUGGAGCUAGAUGCUCAGGAGUAUGACCUGAUGGUUCUGCCCAACGCGUUCAUGAUCCACAUGCCACACGCACCCAGCUUCGACAUCUCCAAGUUCCGCUCCAGCCCAGGCUACCGAUACUGCCUGCAGACCCUAAAAGAAGAGUUCCACCAAGACCUGUCCCGGAAGUAUGGCGCAGCCGCCCUCAAGUACCUUACUGCUCAGAGGAACAUCUAAACCAUGACUCCCAAGGGCCACUGGGCUUCAUACCUAGGCCCGAAUGGCCCCCAUGCUGCUGCCUCGCAAGUCUAAAGGGGUUUGGGAAUACUGGCAACUAUCAGCCAAUAUCACUACUAAGCUUGAAUAGCUUUAAAGUCUUGUAGAACAUUCUGGAGAUGUGUUAGCUAAACUUUCUGGGGUGGUUUGGGCUGGGAUGACCCACCCAACUAUGCUAUAAUGGGUUAUGACCCAAACUGGAAUAAAAACAAAGAACCAAACAGAUCAGACAUGACAGUGGUCACACGAUAUUGGGCUCACUGGGAAGACGUUUCUCUCAAAGGGAUGAGUGGUUGACUGCUUUAAGUCUGGGAGUAAGUGACGAUUAACAUGAUUUGUUCUGACAAUCAGGGCCUUUUCUGA